AUGGAUCAAGAUGGAUAUCCUAUCUAUUGUCGUCGCAAUAAUGAUCAAGCUCAUAUUGUGGGGGGGAAAGAAGUUGAUAACAGAGACAUCGUACCAUACAAUGCAUAUCUUUCUAAAUGUUUCAACUGUCACAUAAAUGUGAAAGUUUGUGCCGGAAUGAGAUGUGUCAAGUAUAUAUACAAGUACAUUUAUAAGGGUUAUGAUCGUACAAUGAUGGUGUUGGGAUUGAUAAAUGAGAUCCAACAAUAUCUUGAUGCGAGGCAUAUUGGACCUCCAGAAGAUGCUUGGCGAAUAUUUGGUUAUCCAUUGCAUGCAGAGAUACCAACAAUUGUACACAUAGCACUUCAUUUACCUGGAAUGCACUGCGUUCUUUUUAAUCCUGAUGAAUCAUUAGAAGCAAUUGUUUCUAGAGCUGGCCAACAAAUAUCAGCUCUUACUGGUUUUUUUGCAUGUUGCGCUUCUAUGGAAGAUGAAUGUCCAUUCACUUACCAAGAAUUUCCACAACAUUUUGUUUGGCUUAAUUCAGAAAAGAGAUGA